UGUUUGUCGUUGACAUCUUCCCCCUCCCGUCCAGUAGGGGGUAGUGUUACAACAUGGAUACCUUCCUAAAGUCGGGCAAGAGUGAAGUGGUGGAGAACGUGAGGGAAGAACGAGGGAGUAAGCGCCAAGCAGCUUCUUUCUUCCCUUCGAAUGAAGACAACUUGUUUUUUAGAGAAUUUUUAACAAAAUCAAUGAAAUAUGGAUCUGGACUGUUUAGAAACAACGUGCAAUAGCGCAGUCAGCUCGGACACGUCUUACAGAUUGACUCCUUCAGAAAUCGAGACGAUGGUCAAGCUGAGGAUGACGAACAGGGCUUACUUCUCUGGAAAGAAAAACGAAUGCAUGAAAGGAUGGAGGGCCAUCCUAAAGCACAUGGGCUUGCAUACCAAACUUAACUACUAUCAGGCUGCCAAGAAAUGGGACAACAUGAGGAUGAGAUACAAGGAGCUCAAGUACCCUCCCGAGGGGGCGGUGCUCCCUCCCGCCUGGUGGGGCUUCAAGCUGAUGGACAACGCCAUGCACGGCCUGCUGGACAGCAGCGCGCCCAUCAUCGCCCUCCCCCCCAGCGACGAAGAUGCCGACUUCCUCCCGUACAAGAGGAGGCGGGAGCACCCCCGAGCACCGCCGCGGCCGCCCCCGCUGGGCGGAGCGUACGCCUCGGAGAUCGAGGUCUCCCUCCUGGACAGCGGCGAGGAGCAGCAGGAGGACGAGGAGGUGGAGCUCCGGCGCGCCUCGUGGGGCAUGGAGAGCGAGCGCCUGGCGCUGGAGAGCGAGCGCGUCUCCCUGGAGGGCGAGCGAGCGCUGAUGGAGCGCGAGCGGCAGCUGGUCGCCAUGGAGACCCUGGGGCUGCAGCGGGAGAGGGCGGGGCUGGAGCGGGAGGAGGCGGGUCUCGGGCGGCAGCGCGCCGCCCUGGAGCGGGAGAGGACGGCCGUCGAGAGGGAGAAGGCGCUGCUGGCGCGGGAGAGGGCCGUGCUGGAGAGGGAACGCACCGAGCUGAGCCGCGAUAGGCUGGCCAUGGAGAGGGGGCGGGGCCGGCCGGCCAGGGACGGCGGGGUGAACGGCGGGGUGAACGGCGGGAUGGACGGCGACGUUCACGGGAACAGUCACGGCGGCUGGGUCGAGGCGGACGGGGGGGUGGGGGAGGAGGGCGGGGACAACGGCGGAGGUCUGGACGCGGGAACGUUACAGCGGCGGGAGCGCUUCCUGGACCUGUUUGAGAAGCUGGUGGAAAACUUUUGA